CUUAACUUCGAGCACAAGAUGGGUGCGAAAAUUGGGAAACUAAUCAACGAUGACUCUGAUGUGAAAGAACUAGAUGACUGGGACCCGGAGCUCGGCGAAGACGACGAUACUUCUGCCACUUGGGACUCGUCAAGUUCUUCUGAUGGAGAAACUGCUGAUAAUGAUGAUUUUUGCACACCUACUCACGACAUUGGAUACUCGAAUGAUCCAUAUUAUGUGGAAAAGCGAAUGGUUGCAGGAUCCAAUCAAUUUGUCUAUAAUAUCGUAAAGAGAAAGUAAUAAAUUUGGAUUUUUCUCG